AUGGCAUGGUGGAAGGCAUGGAGUGAAGCAGAGGGCAAGUCCGUGACAGGUGCUUUAAUCUUUGACCCCACACCUGAUGCUCAGACUCUGUACAAGGCCAUGAAAGGGCUUGGGACUGAUGAACAAGCUAUAAUUGAUGUCCUAACUAAGAGGAGCAAUAUGCAGCGUCAACAGAUUGCCAGAUCCUUCAAAGGACAGUUUGGAAAGGAUCUGAUUGAAAGCCUCAAGUCUGAACUGAGUGGCAACUUCGAGAGGCUCAUUGUAGCUCUCAUGUACUCCCCAUUCAAGUAUGAUGCCAAGGAGCUCCAUGAUGCUAUGAAGGGUGUAGGAACAAGUGAAGAUGUUAUCACAGAGAUCCUGGCAUCCCGGACAAAAGCGCAGAUCAGAGAGAUAAUCAAGGCAUACAAAGAAGAAUAUGGUUCUGAUCUGGAAGAAGACAUAAAGUCGGAAACAAGUGGCUACUUUGAACAGAUUCUUGUUUGCCUUCUUCAGGGUGAGAGGGACAAUGCCACUCUCUACGUGGACACAGCACUGGCUCUCCAGGAUGCAAAGACACUUUAUGCUGCUGGGGAGAAAAUUCGAGGUACCGAUGAGAUACAGUUCAUCACCAUUUUGUGCACAAGGAGUGCCACACACUUGCUGAAAGUGUUUGAAGAAUACCAGAAACUGGCCGGUAAAAGCAUGGAAGACUCUAUCAGGAGUGAAACUCAUGGUUCACUUGAGGAUGCCAUGCUGGCUAUUGUGAAAUGCACCAGGAACAUCCAUUGCUACUUUGCAGAGAGGCUGUACCGUGCUUUAAAGGGGGCUGGCACCCAUGAUGGGACUCUUAUAAGGGUGAUCGUUUCUCGAAGUGAAGUUGACUUAAAUCUGAUAAAGGCUGAAUUCAAGAAUAUUGCAGGAAAGUCUCUCUCCAGUAUGAUUCUGGAUGACACCAGUGGAGAUUACAAGACAGCCUUGCUGAAUCUCUGUGGCAGUGACUGA